AUGAAACGGAAUAGCGAUAAAGAUAGUCAAUUACGAUAUAUUAAACGUUUAUGUACCAUUAAUAAUAAUCGAAUAGAUGAUGCAUCAUCAGAUAGUGAUGAUCUUGACCAAUGUAUUGUUCAAAAAUUUUACAUUCAAUUAUUUAAUAGGCAUCGUUCAUCGACCUUUAUUUCUAACGUUGUAUUGGUGGUCAUGUGGUCAUUAUUUGUAAGAACAACAACAGCAACACAUUCGGUGUCGUCGAUACGUCUAUCAUUCUUUUAUUUCUUGUUAAAAUUAAUCAUAUGUGUAAAUAGUAGUUCGUUAUUAUACUCCAUUAAUGAUAUUCAAUAUCGUCUAAGUGAUCGUGUAUUAAGUAUUCCAAAAAUAGGUACAUUACGAGGAUUGUUAAUUGAAUAUGAUAUACAACCGUACAAUGUCAAUUAUAGUUUGAUCAAUGUUGAAGCAUUUUUGGGUAUACAAUAUGGUAUUUAUAGUGGAAGAUUUGAAUUAUCUAAAGAAAAAAUAGAAUUACAACGAAAACAAAAUCCAACAGUUCAAAAAAUGAUUCAUUUUGGUCCUGUUUGUCCACAACGUUUAUGGUAUAAUGAGAGUGAAUUAGAAAAAUAUCGUUCAAAAAUAUUUACAAAAUAUUAUUAUAAAAAUUUAUUAAAAUUUAUUCAAAAUCAAAAUGAAGAUAAUUGUCUCUAUAUGAAUAUAUAUCAACCGCAAGUUCAACAUUCAAAAGAGUUAUUACCAGUUUUACUAUUUAUACAUGGUGAUGGUUUCGAUAUGGGCACUGGGAAUGCUUUCGACGGCUCAAUAUUUGCUAGUUAUACAAGAACAAUCGUUGUCACAAUUAAUUUCAGAUUGGGACCUUUUGGUUUUCUUUAUAUUAAUCGUGAGAACAAAGGUGAUUAUGGAUUAAUGGAUAUUUAUACGGCUCUUCAUUGGUUAAAAGGAAAUAUUGAACAUUUUAAUGGAGAUUCCAAUCGUAUUACAUUGUAUGGUACCGGUACUGGUGCUGUUCUUUCUAGUUUAGUUGUUAUGCUUGAAACAGUGAAUGGUGGAACAGGCACAACAAAACGACGAAAACCUCUUGUAAGACGUAUGAUAUUGAACGAUGGUACAUUUCUCUCACCAUUUAUGACAUCAUCAAUAAAUCCUUCUAAUCCAACUAUACAUGAUCCAACGCUAUAUACAUCAAAUUUUUUCGAUGCACUCAAUUGUUCACAUAAUUUAUCUGCACGCGACAUUCAUUCAUGCUUAACAAAUAAAACGCAACUAUCAACAUCAACCAUACUAUCAAUAAAUACUUAUGUUAAUAAAUAUUAUAAUUAUCUAAAUCCAUUGGAAGAACCAUUUCCAUUUUUUUCUAAUGAACAUUUACGUCAUCGGUUUUUUCACCAAACAAAUUCUCUAUUACCCGAAAAAUUUGAUGUUCUCAUCACAAUGUUAUCACCAUCAUCAUCAUCAUCAGAAAUAAGCAGUAGUGAAUCAAUACAAUUUCAUGAAUUUAUUAAAGAUAUGUAUACGAUAUCAAAACAUACAAUUAAUUAUUUAAUUAAAUAUGCUUAUUCUAUAUGGAAUGAUAAAGAAAAUAAAUUUGAAUUUAAUUUCAAAAAUUUAUCUUAUCAUCAAACAAUUGUUGCACCACUAUUACAAUAUAUUGAAAAAAUAUCAAAAAAUACACAUACAAUUGAAUGGCAAAUAAAAUCAAAUAAUAGUAGUUAUGAAUCGGAAUUACUCUAUACAUUUGGCUACAUGUUAGCACCAUCGAUGAGUAUUUAUAAUGAUUCAUAUUUAUAUGCGAAUAAAAAUGAUCGAAUUAAAAGUUUACAAAUAAUGGAUUUAUUCGCAAAUUUAAUACAUAACGGUGAUAUAAAUAUAAACGCACGUGUUUGCAAACAUGAGUACUGUUAUCAGAGUGAUGAAAAAUUUCAUCCAACAUUUCCAGAAUUCAAUUUCAUUAUUAUUAAUGAUAGUAAAAUGUAUCAAAAACGUGGUCAUCAUGCAAACGUUCAUUAUUUAUUCAAUCAUCUAAUAACAUCAUUAUCAUCAUAUUCAUCGUCACUAAUUAAUGAUAAUUCAGACUAUGAAUUGUUACGUGCAUGGUCAACGUUAUAUGAAGUAUCACAAUUUGAUAAUAAUACAACAAAUAUGAAAAAUUUUAUAACAAAAACGAAUGAUAAAAAUCAUCAUCAAGAUUAUGUUUCGUCUCAAAAACAGUUAUUAUUUCCAACUUAUCAAUCAAUUUGGACAUUUAAUACAAAAUUAUUCUUAGUACUAGCUAUCACAGGUACAAUUUUAUUUCUUAUUAAUGUGAUAUUGUGUUUUUUAUUAAUUACAAAACGAUAUGGAACACAUAGACAUCAUCAUAAGAAAAAAGAUUAUCAACAUUUAAAUGGGCACACACCUGUCACAACAACAAAAAAGACAAAUGGUUAUGUUUCAUCUUCAUCACCUAGUAGCAUAAACAGUAAUGGAACAGAUCCACAUACUCUUGAGCCAAUAUCAGUUCCUACAACUACAUUCUCAUCUGUCAGCACAACUAAUACAUCUUCUAUUGAUACAUUGAUUAAAACAACAAAUGAUUUAAAUUCAGAUAUAAAUACAAUGAUAGAUAUUUUACAACCGGUGAACAUUACGAAAAAAACAGGUGGCACUAUUAAAUGUAAAGAUAAAAAGACACAACAAUGUCUAGUGGAAGCAAUUGUGUAG